AUGUCAGACUUGUGUGUACCAAAGGCUAUGGCUGACACCACCGAGAUUAAUAAACCCUUCAGCCCAGAGGAGACCCGGAGGAUUGUGCAUCAUUUGCAGCAGCCCGCAGUUUUCCUGAACAUGACCUGCGACUGGCCUGUUCUCCACUGGACAGCAGAGCAUCUGUCAAGCUGUCUUGGUGACAGACUCAUCCGAUUCCGACUUGGGAGAAAAGAGAAGACAAAAGCUCCGGCUCCUCUUUUUGAGACCCAGUGUUCCUACGUGGAGGCCAGUGUAGCUCAGUUUCUCAGCUGGACUCAGGGUCAGUCUGGAACAGACGUGGGGCCUUUUUCUGAGUACUCCUACUCAGAGUACUGGGCUUAUGCUGACUACAAAUAUAUUGCCAUGAUGUUUCAAGAUCAGCCUUUCAUGUUUGAGCAUGUAAAAUGGUCCGAGUUUGGCUUUGAGGGACGUAAUGGGAGAGAGAGCACCUUAUGGAUCGGCACAGAGGGAGCCAACACACCAUGCCACCUGGACUCUUACGGCUGUAACCUUGUACUGCAGGUGCAAGGACGGAAGCGCUGGCACCUCUUUCCCCCGGAGGAUACAGCUAAGCUUUACCCAACUAGAAUCCCCUACGAAGAGUCAAGUGUCUUCAGCCAGGUGGCUGUUCUUCAUCCUGACCUGAGGAGAUUCCCUGCCUUCCACGGUGCCAGUGAACACAUCGUCACUCUACAGCCAGGACAGGUGCUCUAUGUCCCCAGGCACUGGUGGCAUUAUGUAGAGUCAGUGGAUCCUAUCACCGUCAGCGUCAACUCCUGGAUCGAGCUGGAAGUGGAUGACAUCGCCAGAGUUGGCGAGGCUGUGACUAAGACGGUUGUCUGUGCCAUUAAAAGUGCUCGAAGCGAUGACAACACUGACAACUGGCUCAACCCCACUGAGGAAGAAGUAACAUCCCAUAAUGACAAUAUGCAGUAUCUGAACCUGGCGGUGAGAGCUUGGGCUCAGAAACAAAGGAGUUCCUGCCACAGCAAACUGAGCCCAGAGUUGCGAGACACCUGUCGAGUCAAGCGCGACUCGGGUGGGCAAAUCAAGAAAAAUAGCGAUCGGGUUAGGAAUUGCGCACCCUUCAGUAUUCCCUACGGACCACAUCUCAUCUCUGUACGCUGUCAGGAAGAACUGAGGAGGACGACCCCCGAAGAUGUAGAGGUCAACUCUUCCAGCAACGGCGCAGUCAGAUCUCAAGAGGACUGCGCUGUCAGCUCCGAUCCAGCACAGACAACCAGGUUUGCAGCUGCUGUCAGACUCGAUCAGAGAACACGUGGACGUAACGCUGGUUCAACUCGGUGUAGAGAAUGUGACUGUGCAGACGGGACAUCAAAGAACCUGUCAGAGGAUUAUAAGGCAUCAACGCAUACAACAAUAACCACUAACGACUUGUUAGACUGCCUGGUGCAUCCAGACAUCAUCACCCGUGUCACUGAGCUGCUUCUAGAAAAGUUACUUGUUCGCUCCCCAGCUCCUGCAGCUGUUGACGUGCCUGUGGGCAAGAUGCUGAACCCCAGGUACCCUCGAUGA